GAGUGAUCGGUCCGCGCCGCUAGGGGUCAUCGGGGUAGUCGAGUGUCGGACGUUCCUGGAUCUUCUUGGUCCUUGAUCCGAGAUCGCGGUUUCGAGUGACGGUACUGUUAUCAGUGCGGUGGAUUCUGGAUACUUGUGCGGAGUGCGAUCCUCGUUCGCUCAAGUUAUUUAAGUUGAGUGGUUUUUUCAGUGGAUUUCGACGCCUGGACGUGAGGCGGUCGGCCGUUUUGGAAUCUUGGGAAAUUUGAGAGACUCCUGAGUCGCCGUAGCAUAGUUCUGGACAACGUUACAAAAUCGGAAAUUAUAAGGUCGUCGGUGUGGUGCGUGCGUGAUGUAGCCGGCGUGACGGCGGGUCGCGGUCGGCGUGGCGUGAUGUCGGUGGAGCUCGGCGUUGGCGGUCGGGCGCGGUAACCGGAAGAGCCGGGCCGAGCAACUGUGACGGGCGUCCAGUCCGGGAUCAUCCGCCUCCAGCAUCCGGAGUCCGCCUCCGCCUCAUGCCGCAGAAGUAGUCCACCUCCGCACGCGAGAUGAGCGCAUGCUUCCUCCUCGGCCUCCUCUCCUUCCUCGCCACCGAGGCCCGGGCAGCCGAGUGGGGCGAAUGCAGCACUGCCCUGGGGAUGGAGGAGGGGAGUAUCCCUGACAACGCGAUCACGGCCAGUUCAUCUUACGAGCUCAAAUCUGUUGGUCCACAAAAUGCCAGAAUCCGUCAAGAGAAGAACGGCGGGGCGUGGUGUCCGAAAGCGCAGAUCAGCAGCGACGUGCGAGAGUACCUGGAGGUGGACCUGAACCGGAACCACCUGAUCACCAAGACGGAAACUCAGGGGAGGUUCGGCAAUGGACAGGGCCAGGAGUACGCCGAGUCCUACUCGAUCGAGUACUGGCGGGACGCCCUCAAACAGUGGGUCGUCUACAAGAAUACUCGCCGGGAAAAGAAUCUACCCGGGAACACAAACACGUAUCUGGCGUGGAAACAAGAUCUAGAUCUUCCUUUCGUCGCAAGCAAAGUGCGGUUUCUACCCUACAGCGAACAUCCCAGGACGGUCUGCAUGAGGGUGGAAAUCUACGGAUGCCCUUGGCAACAGUACAUCGUGAGCUACUCGGCGCCGCAAGGUUCGAACGGGUUGGUUGACCGGAGCUACGACGGGUUCAUCGACCGGGGGAUCAUGCGGGGCGGUCUGGGGCAGCUGACGGACGGGCUCUACGGGACCCCGCAGUUCCUCCACGACUCGCGCGACGAGGAAUCGGGGAGUCGCUGGGUCGGCUGGCUCAAGUCCGCGGAUUCGGCCGCCCCCCUCGAACUCAUGUUCCAGUUCGAGACCGUCCGAGAAUUCAUCUCAAUGAAGGUUCACGUGGGCCACGUUAUGGACGGCGAUGUACAGAUUUUUUCAAAAGCUCAAAUCCACUUGAGUCUGGAGGGCGAUUUGUACCAGGCCAAGCCGGUGGUAUUUUCACCCUUUCUGGACCCGCACACAACAGACAACGCAAUAAACAUAUCGAUCCCUCUCUACAAUCGCGUCGGCAAAUACGUCAAAGUCGAGUUCUUCUUCUCCCUCCAUUGGAUAUUGAUCAGCGAAAUUUCGUUCGAGUCAGUUCCUGUUGCUAGCAAUGUCUCGGAUGAAGCGCUACAACGAAUGUACCUGCUUCAAGAUGAUCAAGACAGAAAAGUAACUGUGCCUCGCGUCGGAGGAGAAACGACUCACGCACGGAAAGAAGUCACAACAGGCCCGAGCACAGUUUCCAACACGCAAACGUUCAUCGGCCUGGUGACGGGGGCGCUGGCGAUGUUCCUGAUCCUGCUCGUCUGUACGGUCUCCCUCAUGAUCCGCCGCGGUCGGAAGAAGGUGAGCCUGCUGAAGAAGCACUCGGCGCUCAUGUCGACGACCUCCAAGCCGAACGGGGCCAUGACCAUGAAGCAGAUGUCCACCCCGAUCAUGAGCACGACCCUCUCGCGGGGCUCCAAGAAGGCCAAGGCCCGGCAGAACGGACUCAGCGGCUCCAAGGCCAGCAACGUCUACGGACAGAUGCCCGUCGACGAGUCGGAGGACAGCGAGAACUCCUCCGUCUACCACGAGCCUUACAAGCUCCUCCCCUCCGGCAAACAGGACUACGGCUACCUCAUCAAGAAGGAGGCGCUCACCUCCAGCAAAAGUGGCGAUUAUACAGAUUUCACAAGUGUACAUAGUUUUCAAGACGAAGUCAAAUUUACGUCACCGUCAUUGUUCAAUUUGGUGCCCCCGCCUCCUCUCUCUGCCAGGGCAGCUCAGUAUGAUUUCAUCGGGCUCAGUAAAUCGCUUUCAGCAAACAUCCCUAUUGAAAGCUACUAUGCAGCCACAGAUAUCUAUAAGACCGAGAGGAAAGAGCAACAUUUUACCUCUGGUCGAUUUACACCUUGGAAGUUACCUGACGGCACGCCGGACGAGGCUGUUAACAUACCUGAAUUUUCAAGGCACAGACUGAGAGUCAUCGAGAAAUUAGGAGAGGGUGCCUUCGGAAUGGUCCAUCUCUGCGAAACGGAGGGCGUUCCCGAGUACAACGGAAUGUCAACUGGACACCACAAAAAACAAGUCAUUGUGAAAUCUUUAAGACGAGGAUGUAACGAAACGACGAAGAAAGAGUUCCUGAGGGAGAUGUGGUGGCUGGCCAGCGCGCGGGACCCCAACAUCGUGCGGGUGGUGGGCAGGUGCUGUCAAGAGGAGCCGUUCUGCGUCCUCCAGGAGAACUGCGAGUUUGGCGACCUCCCAAAUUUUUUACAGUUGCAUGCAGCAUCCGAACAAGAAAGCCCCUCAAAGUAUGGUUGUUUGAUAUAUAUAGCCACGCAAAUUGCAUCUGGAAUGAAAUAUUUAGAAUCAAUAAAUGUUGUACAUAGAGAUCUCGCCGCGCGGAAUUGCAUGGUCGGCAAGAAUUACGUCAUUAAAGUUUCUGAUCAUGCCAUGUACUGCUCUCAGUACGACCUAGAUUACUACGUUAGUGAUACAAAAACCAAAUUGCCUAUCAGGUGGAUGGCCUGGGAAAGUAUAUUACUGGGUAAAUACACGUCCAAGUCGGACGCGUGGUCGUUCGCGGUGACGAUGUGGGAGAUCCUGACGAUGUCGAGUCAGCGGCCGUUCGGGGAGCUGACGAACGAGCAGGUGAUCGAGAACAGCAACCACUGGUACCAGAACGACGCCCAAGAAGUGUACUUAGCCAGACCGGCGGCCUGCCCCCGGGAGGUCUACGAUCUCAUGGUCGAGUGUUGGAAGCGCCACGAGGCCGACCGGCCCCGCUUCGCCGAGAUCCUCCUCUUCCUCCAGAGGAAGAACCUCGGCUUCCAGCCCAAAGUCGACGGGCUUUAACCGGACCGGAGACCCCGCUCGCUCUCACUCGAAAGAGAACCGUUAGCUGUAAUUUAGAAUUAUUCGAGCAAUUGCAAUGAUAAUCAAUGAUCCUCUCAUUUAAACUUUACCCUUCCAACCUCUCGUCUUUCUCUAUCUUAUUUUUUCUAAAACAUUCCCAUUUAUUUUUUAUUUGCACUCUUUUAGUUACCAUUUCGUACCUAAGAUCCCUUACUCCCUCUUCCCUCGUUUUUGUAAAUUUGGAUUCUUUUUUUGUAGAGUUUAAAUGUGUAAUGUUUAAAGUGAUGCUGUAUAGUUUUUAAAGUUACAGAACAAACUAUUUUUUUUUCUCUUGCGUGGCUCACGUGGUGAGGAAAGUACUUGUGGGUACCCGAAACGUUUUUACUUCAACGGAGGAGGAUACGAGGUUCAUUCUUAUUGCAUCUGCAUCUUGGCAACUAAUAUCCCCCGCACUUUUAUUCUCUAAAAUAUCAGAAAAAGAAAAAAAAAACAAGUUUUUUUUUAUGUAUGGAUCCAUUGGUUCUAGUGAUAUUUUUACUGAUGUGACACCAUAAUAUUGUGCUCAUAAAGUAGCUUUGACGAGUCUGCUGUAAUAUAACCCUACAACUUGUUAAAUUUUUUGAAAAAAUGUAGGCUUAAAAUUAGCCAAUGGCACCAUUGUCUCAAUGUGUCUCUUCGGUUUUAUUUUUGCUGUUUUUUUUUUUUUCAAUCACCAUUUUUUAAACAUUUUAAACAAACGUAUAAAUCCACAUACGACUUUUUAACCUAAUAUCGUGCAUCCCUCUAAAGUUUUGAUUCGUGAUUUAUUUUCUGUUAUCGAGAGAUUAAUAAUCGUAACGCAUAUUUCUUAGUACACAAAAAAAAACAUGACUGUAAUUUGCCGUCAAAUAGAUACCUUUCGAAUCAAGAAUGAAAUGCUGGAAUUGCACAGGUUUCUGUACCCUGUUAACGUAUUAUUCCUUAAUAUGAUCUCUUGAUAUAUUCUUGUCCUCUUGAUUCAAGAGUAACUUUUUAAGGAACAAAUUCAAGAAUAUGUCUGCUUAAGUCAAGUCACCUUUGUAUCUAGAGUAGCUUAAGUUUCACUCCCAAUGAAUGAGGGUAAAAUGUAGGUAAAUCUUCAUCAUGAACUUCAAAUGCCGGUAAACCUUGCAGAAAAACGUAUAAAUAGGAUCCUAUGUGACGUGAAACCAUAUAAUAGAAUACUUUCCAUCAAAGCCCAUUUACAAAAAUGCCGAAACUCAGAGGGGAGGAAACGAAAUUACCCUCAUGACUUAAUGAUUGAAAACAUGCGUUUUCUGUGUCGCUCCCCCGCACUGUGAGUGCACAAGUCCUGUAUCUCCCCCGCCCCUCCUGCCGCGUGAAAUAUGACGCAUGUAACAAAAAUUGCGACCCUGUAAUUACUUCCCA